CAACGGUUUUCAGAGUAGAGCGCUGCGUGAGGACGGGGUGUCUUUGUCUUUCCUGACUUGAGCUCAGGGGAGGGGUGCAGUUCUCUCCAGCUUGGUAAAUUCGGGAGUGAGGAUUGGAGGUGCGGGGAGCAGUCAGAACAGGGUGGUCGCGGGAGAGAUCUCAGGCUGGGCUUGAGAGCGUCGUCCUUAGUGGGGGACGUCUGAGGGUUCAGAAGAUUUUUUCUGAGAGUUAGGCGCGAUUUUCAGGAUCUCUGCAAUGGCUUUCUUGCCAAGAGGGCUUGGAGGGAGUAUGCAAGAAGUCUGACCCGAGGAAGCCAGGAGGGUAGGUUGAGGCGUGAGGUCCUGCUUGUCUCGGCAGUGGAACCAGUGGAGAGACGGACACUGGGGUCCGUUUUCAGUAUGCACGUUCUGGGCAUGGGAACUAAAGAGCUCAGUUGGCCCGGGAAAGCCAGUGCCAAAGCUGACCUGCACCUUCCAGCACUCUAAUUACGUGGGAGAACUGCACUCCUGUUGCCCCCCAAGUAGGUCUUUGUUCUGAGCCCUCUGUAUGCAUCCUCUUCCACCGGUCCCAGGAGCUGGGAAAAGGAUCACCUUUGCUCUUCCCAUGGCCUCUGGAACCAGGAGAAACCUUUCCUUUAACCAAAGAGCCUUGAUACCUUUAUUCUCCAAGGAUCCACCAAGGAGCGUCCCCUCUUCUCCCAUAUCUUCUUUCUCUGUGACCUUUACCCCUGGACUCUCCUAAAGUUGAACCAGGAGUUCCCAGCGUUCUCCAGUUGACUUCUCCCUCUACUCAUGGCCACAUCAACUACCAGCCCUAGUUCACCUCUGCAGGCAGAGGAUCUCCUGAGUGAGACGUCAGAACCCCCUGGACUGAACCAGGUGUCCUCUGAGGUCACUUCUCAGCUCUACACUUCCUUGCACCUCAGCCGCCAGGCAGAGGCCACUGCACGGGCUCAGUUGUAUUUGGGCUCCACCUCCCCACCUCCGCACGAGGCCUUAGACGGCCUGGCCCAAGAGCUGAGUCGCAGCUUGUCAGUCGGAUUGGAGAACAACUUGAAGAAAAAAGGGAGGGAGGAUGGUUCUAAACAUAUCUUUGAGAUGGAAAGUGUUCGGGGUCAACUCCAGACAAUGCUGCAAACAUCACGGGAUGCAGCCUACCCCUUGGGGUCUUUUGGGCUGUCUGUAGGGGACCCCCUCACUGCAGGUGCUGGCUUAGAGAAACGGGAAGAGGAGUCCUUUGACAGUGACAGCACAGCUACCUUGCUCAACACCCGGUUCCUGCAGGACUUAUCUCCGUCCAGCUCAGCACAGGCUCUGGAGGAGCUGUUUCCUCGCUACACCAGCCUUCGGCCGGGCCUCCCAAUUAAUCCCCCGGAUUUUCAGGGGCUGAGAGAUGCACUGGAUUCAGAGCACACCCGUCGGAAGAGAACCUGGAGAGUGUGGGGCUGUGAUGCCAGACGAAGGAUGAGAAGGACCCAAACUCCUUACCCUUCUUUCCAGCACUGUGAGCGCCACAUUCAGAGCCUGCAGACCCGCGUGCUAGAGCUGCAGCAGCAGUUAGCGGUGGCUGUGGCUGCUGACCGCAAGAAAGACAUCAUGAUCGAGCAACUGGACAAGACCCUGGCCCGAGUGGUGGAGGGCUGGAAUCGGCACGAGGCUGAGCGGACAGAAGUGCUUCGGGGGCUGCAGGAGGAGCGCCAGGCGGCGGAGCUCACCAGAAGCAAGCAGCAGGAAACAGUAACCCGCCUGGAACAAAGCCUUUCCGAAGCCAUGGAGGCCCUCAGUCGGGAGCAGGAGGGCGCCAGACUGCAGCAGCGGGAAAGAGAAGCCCUGGAAGCAGAAAGGCAGGCUCUGACUCUGAGCUUGGAGGCUGAGCAGCAGCGGAACCGUGCGCUACAGGAAGAGCGAGAUGAGGCUCGGGCUGUGCAGCUCAGCGAGCGUCGGAAGCUGGAAAGCCUUCAGGUUGCCCUGGAAGAAGAGCGGCAGGCCCGGGCCCAGCAGGAGCAUCAGCUCAAGGAGCGCUACCAGGCGCUGCAGGAGGAGGGCCAGGCCCAGCUGGAAAGGGAGAAGGGGAACAGCCAGAGGGAGGCCCAGGCAGCCCGGGAAGCCCAGCAGCAGCUGGCACUGGUGCAGUCCGAGGUGCGGCGGCUGGAAGAGGAGCUGGACACAGCUCGGAGAGAGAGGGAUGCCCUGCAGCUGGAGAUGAGCCUGGUGCAGGCCCGGUCUGAGAGCCAGCGGAUCCAGAUGGAGUCAGAGCUGGCUGUGCAGCUGGAGCAGCAGGUGGCGGAGCGGUUGGCGCAGGCACAGGAGAGCAGCCUGCGGCAGACGGCCUCCCUGAGGGAGCAUCACAGGAAGCAGCUACAGGAUAUCAAUGGGCAGCACCAGCAGGAACUGGCCACGCAGCUGGCUCAGUUCAAAGUGGAAAUGGCAGAACGAGAGGAGCGGCAGCAGCAGGUGGCGCAGGACUACGAGCUCAGACUGGCACGGGAACAGGCUCGAGUGCGGGACCUGCAGAGUGGGAACCAGCAGCUGGAGGAGCAGCGGGUGGAGAUGGCAGAGCGGCUCCAGGCCAUGCUGCAGGCCCACUGGGAGGAGGUCAGCCGGCUGCUCAGCACCAUCCUGCCACCUCCGAACCCCGCGGUUCCUCCCACUGGACCCCCCAACUCUGAUCCCCCAGAGCUGGAGAAGGCGGAGAGGAGGACCUGGACCAUGCCUCCUGUGGCCGUGGCCCUGAAGCCUGUGUCGCAGCAGAGCCGGGAAGCCAAGGAUGAGCUGCGGGGAAUGCCCCUUGUGGACUGCAGCGCUUCCCCAGACCUUAGCCUGCUGCUGGGCCCCUCUUUUCAGAGCCAGCAUUCCUUCCAGCCCCUGGAGCCCAAACCCGAUCUAACUCCACCCAUAGCUGAAGACUUCCCUGCACUCGGGGCCUUCCACCCUGACCACAGGGCAGAGCGGCCCUUCCCUGAGGAGGACCCAGCGUCUGAGCGAGACGGCUUCCUGAAGCAGGGGCUGCCGCCUGCCUCGCAGCUGGAAGGCCUCAAGAAUUUUUUGCAGCAGCUGCUGGAGACGGUGCCCCAGAGCGGUGAGAGCCCUUCUGCUGACGUGUUGCCUGCUAAGUGUGGUCCCCGGACUGGGCCAUCUUGGGAAGAGCCCUCUCAGGUGCCACGCCUUCCACCUCCUGUCCAUAAAACCAAAGUCCCUUUAGCCAUGGCUUCUAGUCUUUUCCGAGUCCAAGAGCAGCCCUCUUCUUACUCACAAGGCAGUGGGCCCAGCUCUGGCUCUCCAGAGAAAGGUGCAGAUGGGCUCGGCUCCUCGAGGCAGCUGAUGGAGAUGUCCCAGCUGUUAAGACAGUACCAGGCUCAGGGCUGGGGGACUCUGCCUGCCGAGGACCUGCUGCUCUACCUGAAGAGGCUGGAACACAGCGGGACUGACAGCCGCGGGGAGAGUGUCCCCAGAAGGAACCCAGACUCCCGUGUGGGUGAGAUCUCCCGGAAAGAGAUCCCAUCCCAGGCUGUCCCUCGCCGGCUUGCUACAGCUCCUAAGACUGAAAAACCUCCUGCUCGAAAGAAAAGCAGCCACCUUGCUCCUAGCAGCAUGAGGGGUCGGGGAGGUGUCUGGAGAUGAGCCGCUGCGCUUUCUCCUCUGCUUUGGUGUCUUCUGGUGGUUAUUUUAAUAAAUGCUUAGUAGUUUGUGUUAGAGUCUCUGACUCAGCAAUUUGGAAAAUGGAGAUUUUUGUAGGAAAUUCCUUUGUAAAGAAACCUCUUUCUGUUUGAGUGUGUUUUUUAUGUGUUACAUGUUAACAUGUUAUUUCCUCUGGGAAAGGACAUAAGUAUUUUGAAAGAAGACUGUGUGUGACCAGAGCUUCAGUGUUUAAAGAGUAAACUGUACCGGGCGAUUGACUGGGAGGGGAAUUAUGGUUGGCUAUUUCUUUUUUAUACAUUUUUGUAUUUUCCAAAUUUUCUAAAACAAGUAUGUUACUUUAAUAAUCAGAAAAAACAAUCUUUUAAUAAAAUAGUUACUGUGUAAAA